AGUCUCAAUGAAAUUGUGUCAACCACCCAUGUUGCAUCGAAUUAAAUUAAUUUAAUAUAUUUGUUAAUAUUAUUAGUCAUAGUUAAUAAGAAAUGCUUAAAAUGCGUUUGGAAGUGCUUCUGCUGUUAGCAUUUUCUGCCACAACACUAGCACAGAUGCCAGAUCGCAUCAUAUUCCCCGAUAUCGAUGAUUUCGAAAGUGAAUGUACUCUGCCGGAUGGAGAGAACGGUAUGUGUCGAAAUAUUAGAUAUUGCCCGAGUGCCUUAGAUUCCAGAGAACGCGUGAAAACCUGUUAUUUUGAACGUUCCGAGCAGAUCGUUUGUUGUCGCGAUGUGCCCAAGGAAUAUGCAACGACAAAAGCAUGUUCUAGUUACUAUCCGAUAGUCGACCAAAUGGUUGGCGGCCUUAGCACACGACCAAAUGAAUUUCCAUAUAUGGUUGCUUUGGGUUUCGAAACAAUAUUGCCCGAUUUCUAUGAGUUUAAAUGUGGUGGUGUUCUGAUAGCUCCUAAUUUUGUAUUAACCGCAGCACAUUGUGCACGGAUUGGAGGCGCCACACCUGCGGUAGUAUUACCCGGUGGCGGCAGUUUGACUGACUACACGGUGAAAAAACAUCAAAUUGCCGAUGUUUUAAUUCAUCCGGAUUAUGAUCCAAAGAAAGCCUACAAUGACAUAGCACUGCUCAAAUUAAAACAGGCGAUAGUAAAUUUCCAGCCAGCUUGCCUCGGCGAAAAUGCCAUAUUGGAUAACGAAAAUAUCACUGCAAUUGGUUAUGGUCACACCCACUUUGGUGGCCGAUCCUCCGAUGAUCUUUUAAAGGCGUAUUUAUUGGUUGUAAGCAAUAAAGCGUGUCAAAAGUUUUAUAAAGAUUCCGUUGAGUUGCCAAGAGGUCUUAUGGAUACCCAAUUAUGUGCACAGGAUCAACAGUUUGGACGUGACACCUGUCAGGGUGACUCCGGUGGGCCUCUGAUAUUGAAGAAUAUACACAUACCCUAUGUGGUUGGUAUAACAUCCUUUGGUUUGGGUUGCGCCACGGAAGCCCCUGGUGUUUAUAUAAGAGUGUCCAAAUACCUGCACUGGAUCGAGCCGAUUGUGUGGCCGAAUUGAAUGAUAUUUUUCUAUUUUAAUUUCCAAGUUUUAUGUUUCGUAUUAAAAAUGUCUAUUUCUUA